UGAAGGAAAUUUUUGUAGCAGAAGUAGCUUUAUUUUUUUUCAUAAGUAAGGCUGGUUAUAACAUAAAUGAAGAGAUUAUAGUUGUUUAAUUGUUUAUUUUACCUGGAAAAGGUUGGAUUUCUGCAUUUCUCCCUGGAUUACAGUUCUGGAAGUACUAUUCUUACUACUGCAUUCUUACAAUUAGGACUGAAAAAGAAGAGAGACUUUUUGCUAUUUUCAUGUGAAUUUGUGAUAUUCCAUUGCAUCUUGCUGUAUCUAAGAAUCCAUGAAGAUGGUACGCUACUUGCCUUUUUUGUUCCAGAAGAAACUCAAAGCCACCCUUUGUCUUUUUCUCCUUAUGGUUGUCCUGAUACACAUUGUGAUAGAUUUUGUGCCCUCUGCUGAUUAUAAGUCCUGCAGGUGUCUCUCUAAAGCAACAGAUACCUUGGACCAUUUAUCACCCAGUUCUAUAUUAGCAGCUCAGAAUAAGCUGAAUCUAAGGAAUCUUCAGGAUUUUAGUAGCAGUAACAGCUCCCUGGAAAAAGGAUUUCACUCAACAGAAGAUGUGUCACAUGUGGAUGGCCUCAGCAAUGUGGCUCUCCAAGAUGCCAACAUCAAGCAACAGGAAACCAAAGAAAAACCCAACCAGAAAAUAAAAUCUAAAUUGUCUGCUCUUUUUGAUCAUCCUCUGUAUAAGAUCCCAAUCCCAAAAGUUGUAAGGAAAGACAAACUAUUUGGGACCAGACCAAAGAUGAACCUCUUCAUAAAAAGUAGUGAUGAACGAAUCAGAAGCAACAAUGCAGAAGACCUUCAGGACCACAAUGCUCACCCUGCUUGGCUCAGUUUUUAUGCUGGAAUCAAUCGCUAUGAACUGUAUGCCCGCCAUGAUCCCUCUUGCCAUGACUUGAUGAAGGAUUUGGCCAAGCAGAAAAUUAUCAGUUCAGUCCAGAAGCCUGGAGGAACUCAACUGAAGCUUAUCAUGACUUUUCCCAAUCAUGGCCAAGCUCUCUUCAAACCUAUGAAGCAAACCCGAGACCAGGAGACUUCAGCAGACUUCUUUUACUUUUCAGACUUUGAGCGGCACAAUGCAGAAAUAGCAGCUUUCCACUUGGACAGGAUCCUGGACUUUAGAAGAAUUCCCCCAGUUUCUGGACGGUUGGUGAACAUAAGCAAUGAAAUCCGUGACAUUACAACAGAUAAGAAACUGUUUAAAACGUUUUUCAUCUCUCCAGCUGGCAACAUCUGUUUCUUUGGUGAGUGCUCCUACUAUUGCUCUACUGAACAUGCUUUGUGUGGCAAACCUGACCAGCUUGAGGGAUCCAUGGCAGCCUUGUUGCCUGACAAAGCGAUAGCUGAACGCCAGUCUUGGCGGAGUCCCUGGAGGCGUUCCUAUUCCAAAAUCAAGAAAGCUGAGUGGGAACUGAAUGAAAAUUACUGUGCUCAGGUUCGCAAGACCCCACCCUAUGACAACACUGCCCGACUUCUGAGUCUCAUUGACAUGACCAUGCUUGAUUUUCUCAUGGGAAAUAUGGACAGGCAUCACUAUGAGACAUUUGAAAAGUUUGGUAACCACACUUUUUAUCUUCACCUGGACAAUGGCAGAGGGUUUGGGAGACAUUCUCAUGAUGAAAUGUCUAUUCUGACUCCUCUUCGGCAGUGCUGCAUUAUUAAAAAGUCAACUUUCCUGCGGCUGCAACUGCUUGCUACUGAGCCUUAUCGUUUAAGUGAUGUCAUGCGUGAAUCAUUAGCCUCAGAUCCCCUGUCUCCAGUCUUAUCAGAGGCUCAUCUAGAAGCACUGGAUCGGCGACUCAAAAAGAUAUUGGCUAUGGUAGAAAACUGCAAGAAGGCAGAUGGACAUAAAGAAGUAAUAGUUGACGACUUAAAAGGAAAGCAGUAUUUUUAGUUUAGUGUAGUUAGAGAUGUGAUAGUUAUCUUACUACAGUAGUCACACAAUAUCCCCAAUCUGCUAUUUCUGUUUACUCAUGAAGAAAUUAUUUCAGAUCUACCAUUGCUAUUUAUUGAGGAGGGGGCCAUUUAUAGUUCCUUGAGUUCCAAUAGGGUACUGUGAACUUUGUCCACUGCCAGAGCAGGCCCUUUGUUCAUUUAUAAGGUCUAGAUUACUUAUUGCCUUAACAAUCAUGCAUAGCAUUAGACCUAAUUUCAAAGUGCUGUGCAAGAGAUCAAUUCAGAUUAUGAUGUCAACUUUCAGUCAAUUCCUCCAGACUGCCACUUGAGAAAGAAAAGAGUAUCAGGAGUAAAAAGGGAUUGGAGGCUAGGGAGAGUUCAGUGUCUCUUGUGACACCAGUUCCUUGAAGUUGCUCAGGAGGUUGCCUCUGCAGCUCUUGAUAGGAAAAAUGCUAUCUCUACUUCUGACAACUUCUAGUCAGUAUUAUUUACUAAGGCCUCAGGCACUAAGUUUUUCUAUCAUAUGGUCUUUUUAGAAAGGGCAAGAUUGUGAAUGUGGAAUCUUCUGUAUGCAAAACAUAUAAAUGUUUAUUUGAAUAAUUAGUUCAAUGUAUUAUGAACAUUCUGCUUCAGGUAAUGACCAACUAAAUGGGAAUAUAUUUAUUCUGUACAGUACAUAAACUGUUGUAUAAGAACAUAACAAGCUGAUAAUGAGCCAUCCAGCCUACAUUAUUGACCUUGACUAGCAGUAGCUUGCCAGUGUGUUUUUUCCAAGUCCUUCUUGGUGAUGCCAUAUAUAAAGAGAAAAUGCUUUAUAUGAUAUAUGAAGUCUACCCAUAGAGGGAAAUGAGUAGACUCAGGAAAGGCUCUUAUUGGGCAAGUAACCUAUGGUUCUUAGAUAUUCUUGUACAACACCUGCUAGCAACAUCCAGAAGCACCAGCCAAUAAGACAGCUAAUGAAGGUUGCUGUUUAAAAACAUCUUGACAGAUACAGCUUGCUUACUCCUGUCCUUGGAUAGAUGGAUUCAAAGAAAAACAUGCAUACACAGUUACAUGAAUGAUUUAACAUGGCUGCCCAUAAAUUGGUUUUAUGGUCUUUUGGGUGGAAAUUUUGUUUAAAGCAACUGAAGAAGUACUAUUGUAACUACAGUUUGAGACUAGUCAAUAGUAUGACAAAUUUAUUGGGAAUUUCAGGUACAACUGUUUUUAUUUCUCCAGGAAUAUAACAAAUGAAUGAAUAAUAAAUUGUUUUAAUGAUAUUUUAGGUCUUUAAAGGAGUUAAGAAGCCAAGGGCAUAUUUUCUGCUGAAAAUGACAAUCAAAUGUUUAUUCAGGGCAAUGUGUUCACUUUAAAAAGAUUGUAUCAUGUUUAUUAAUUGUGCCUCAGUGUUCAUAUCUUUUUCAAGUUUUUCACAGUUAACAGAUUUUCUAGAUCCUGUUAAAUAAGAGUAUAAGAUGAAAAUAAAUAUCCAGAAUAUGAUA